AAUCCCCACCGUCUUUCCUCACUCCUCCAAUUCCCAAAUCUUCCGAGCGACAGUUCUUCCUUUCUCCCCCAAUCAAAGACAACAAACCUCCCAUCCCGAUGGCCCGCACGAAGCAGACGGCGAGGAAGUCGACCGGCGGCAAGGCGCCGCGGAAGCAGCUGGCGACCAAGGCGGCGCGCAAGUCCGCCCCGGCCACAGGCGGCGUGAAGAAGCCCCACCGCUUCCGCCCGGGUACCGUCGCGCUCCGGGAGAUCCGCAAGUACCAGAAGAGCACGGAGCUGCUCAUCCGCAAGCUGCCGUUCCAGCGCCUGGUGCGGGAGAUCGCGCAGGACUUCAAGACGGACCUCCGCUUCCAGAGCUCCGCCGUCUCCGCGCUGCAGGAGGCCGCCGAGGCGUACCUCGUCGGGCUCUUCGAGGACACCAACCUCUGCGCCAUCCACGCCAAGCGCGUCACCAUCAUGCCCAAGGACAUCCAGCUCGCGCGCCGCAUCCGUGGUGAGAGGGCGUAGAGUGCUUCGUAGUGCCUCAAUGGAGUUGUAGAGAUGUUUGUUUCUUAGCCUUAGCUUUUGUCGCCUGGUGGCAGUGUGGUAGGAAAAAUCUUCCUUCGUGUUAUUGUUGUCAUGUUAUGUCGUGGUGUGCAAUCCGCAGCUACCAUCUUGUAUGUGAAAGUUGGCUAUCAGGUCAUUUUUUGUGCUUGUGAUACUUAUUGUUGUCGUCUGAUGCAAAUUGCAACGAAUGUUGGUUUAGUUCA